AUGAAGGGAUCAAAGACAUUAGAGGUAAUGGGAGAAAAAUCUAUUGGGGUUUUAAAGGACAAAAACUUACUCAGAGCUGUUUCUCAGGAAAACUGCUGGCAGGAGACUACUACAAUGACAGAUCCUUCAGUGGUGGAUCACCUGACACGACUGAAGAUCAAACUCCUGGAAAAGAGACUAGAAAAUGAACAGGAGAACCUAGAGAAGAUGGAGUCACCUCUCCCAGCUGCAAGGAACAGAUGUGAGGAUAUGCUCCAAAGUGCCCUAAGGCGAAGGAAAGACCUCCUGCAGGAGCUUAGGGAGCAGCACCUUCUGGAGGAGCUUUCACAGUCCCCUGCACCAGCUGGAGGACGCUGUCAUAACCGCAGAGCUGCCCCCCUGCAUGUCUAUCAGAUACCUUUUCCAGCUCACGAAGUGGAGCCACCAAGGAUUAUCCAGCAGACAAUGCCACCUCAGCCUGCCACCAUCAUCCAGCAGUUACCUCAGCUACACCCCCUGAUCACACAGAUCCCUGCUGCCCAACCUCUUGCAGCUCCUCACUCCGGAAGCAUUAAAGAAGAUAUGGUAGAGAUGAUGCUGAUGCAAAACGCUCAGAUGCACCAGAUCAUCAUGCAGAACAUGAUGCUGAAGGCUCUGCCACCAAUGGCAUUCACGCAGUCUCCUGGAGCCAGCUCUCCCCUCCUUCAGCAUGCACAGCAGGACCUGCAGUUUGCUGCUCCCCUGGCUGUGAAAGCAGACAGGCCCAGGCCGUCUGCGGUGCACCACCACCACCACUACCCUCCCACAGGGGUGUUCCCAGUGCCCCAUGGGGGCUUCCCGUCUACAUCCACGGCACAUCACUGGACUGGCAGCAUGCUCCCUGCCCUGCCUACGUAA